GAGAGAGUACCGUGGUCACGGCGUAGCACGCCGUAAAUAUUCGUUCCAGUGUAUUCGCCGUGGCGAGGAUACGCGCAUUAAAAGGCGUUCAAAAGCGACGUGAGCGUGGCGCAAGAUGGCCCGGGGAGACACGGAGGAUGGACCCCUGAUUCGGCCCGUCGAGGCCGUAUCGACGACAACGUUGGUCGCGCUAUGCACCGGCGGCGCCUUCUUGAUUUGCGCCGUCGCGAUGACCUGGUGGCUCUGUAGACGACGACGCGAACAUACCAAGCUGAACGCGGACAGAUCGUUGGCUUUCAGACCACCCCGUAGAAAGCCGACCGCGGUAAAGAGUCCCGGUAGCACGAGUCACUACUUGAAAAAGAGUCCGAGUCCUACCGGGCCUGCGAAAAAUCCACCAGGCACCACCGGACAACAGACUAACCAUCAAACCAGCCCAACCGGAUCUCGAACCGAAGGAUCGACCAACGCUAUCUCGGACUUGCCGACACCGCAAAUCACCGCAAACAAUUCGAAUUACGAUGUUUCGCGUUGCGAGAAAGCUGGUACGCCAGUGCAAACGCCUACCAGCGAGGUUACCCUCAACAUCGAGGACGAAUGCGACAAAGCCGAACUCGAGAAUAACGAAAAGGUCAAAUGCGAGAAAAAUCUCGAAAUGUCGGACAAGAAGGACGGUCUAGGUAUAUUGGUCUUUAAAUUGAGAUACAAGAGCGAGCAAAAUGCACUGGCGGUAACGGUCGUCAAGUGCAAGAAACUACCGGCUAGAGAUCAGGGAAACGCUAGCAGCGAUCCUUACGUAAAAUUACAGCUUUUGCCGGACAAACGACAUCACGUGAAAACAAGAGUUCUUCGAAAUACGAGAAAUCCCGUCUACAACGAGGAUUUCACGUUCUUCGGAAUUACAAAGAGUCAACUCGAGGAUAUCAGUCUACACUUCGUCGUUCUAAGUUUCGACAGAUACUCGCGCGACGAGAUUAUCGGCGAGUUAACGUGCGCUCUUUCCUCGAUACCAGGGUUAAAAGAUUCCGAUAACCAAGAAAUAUCUCUGCGUCGAAACAUCUGUCCGAGGAGUUUGAAGAUACAAUCCCAAGGGAGAGGGGAAUUGCUGGUAUCGUUCUGCUGGCAACCGGUAACGAGUAAGCUGGCAGUGUUCGUGCUGAAGGCACGAAAUCUCCCGAAAAUGGAUGUGACGGGUCUUGCGGAUCCCUACGUUAAGAUUUAUCUCUUUUAUAAUUCCAAAUGUAUCGCCAAAAAGAUGACGCACGUGAAGAUGCGUACGCUCAGUCCUGUAUUCAACGAGCCCUUUAUUUUCGAGAUACCCAACAAUAUCCAUAGUUUAAGCAACGUUAGCUUGGAGAUAAUUCUUUACGAUUGGGAUAGAUUUACAAAAAAUGAGGUGAUUGGCAGAUUAAAAUUUGGUGGUCCAAAAUGUCAAGAGUCCGCGCUAAAUCAUUGGAACGAAAUUUGCAGAUCUCCGCGACGGCAGGUCGCGGAAUGGCACAAAUUAAGGGAAUAAUUGAUUUUCCCAUCUUACUCGUGAAUGCGACCUAUCCUGUCGUUUCAUCCCCUUUCGAUCUAGAAUUCUUUUAGAAUUCUUUCUCCGAUUUCCUCGAAGGACGAUUGAAGAGACGAGAGCGAGAGCGAGAGCGAGAGAACAGUGUAAUGUCAACGCCGCUCUUUCAUGACGCCUCUAAAAGAAAUUCCUUCGAAGAAACGAAGAGACUUACGCCAAUAUGCUUAUCUAUGCUGCUGUGCACGAUUAUGUUAUGGAGUUAUAUUUUUGCGUAUACGAGAAGCAUGCGCGUUACCGUACUAGAUAUUUUUUACUAGUAAAAUCAUUUCUUUCCGAGGACUGGACGAUUGAACCGUUUGAAAGGAAAAAUCUUCGACCGAAGGCUCAAAGUUAAUAAGGAUGGGAACAAAAAAACGAAAAAAGAAAAGACAGAUCGAGCUAAUCCUACGAAUCGAUCCACUGACCCCUUUUUCAUCCUUCGCUAGCAGCUGUAAUAAAAACUGUCGAACAUUCACGAACGGUCCGUAAGCGUCGCUCUUAUUUUUUUUUUUCUCUAAAUCGUUAUCCGUUCCUUUAAGAGAUGUAAGAACGAGAUAUAAUUUUCAUUUACAAAACGAUUUUACGAAGCGUGCUAAGAAAACGCGUGAGAUAAUAGACGCGAGAGAUCCACUUAUGUUUCCGCGUUAACAAGCGCAUGUUAUUUUUAUAGAAUUUCUAUAACGUAGUCAUUUUGCCUUCGGAUUCUCUUUAAAUUUGUGCUAAAGGACAAACGUUGUAGCUAGUUUUUCUAUGUAAAAUGAAUCGAACGAACGAAAGUUGACUUAUAUCAAAUCUUGGUUUGACAAGAGAACCAUAGGCUCCGAGGGGAGCAUCGAUCGUGUGUUCCAUUUCAAGAUGGAAGGAUUUCGAUGAAGUUAUCAUCUCACCAAGUUGAUUUUUAUUAGAAAUAAAUCCGAGUCCGAUUAAUUCCAAGUCAGUUGAUCACUUCGAAAAAUAAGACGAGAAGAGAAAGAAAAAGGAAACAAGAGAGUGAAGAUAAACAAAGAGAGACUCAUAAGCAAAUUAGAUUUUCGAGCAUCGAUGAAUGCCGAUUGGCGUCUUCGAUGAAACGAAUGUAGGAAAAGUUGAAAAAAAUAAAAAAAAAAAAAAGAUCCUUUUUAAAAUGCACCGCUUUUUGCAAAUUUACAAAUUGCAAAAUUCAUGUAUUCACUGGCGAUGCUUUUUCAAAGAAAGAUUGUAGUACAGAAUUGUCAACCGAUUCAAUGUUCGCGGAUACGCGAAACUCGUGUCACACUCUUCGCAACGUAAAAGUCAAUAAUUGACAACGCAUGAAACAACUAUUUAUUUUCUUAUUUCACCUUAUCCCAUAUGGUCCUUCUCUCGCGAGAAAGUACGAACGCGAAUCGCAGGAAAGGAAAAAAAAGCGAAUGUAAUUGUCGCGAAGAAGCGAUAUGACGCGUAUCGAUAGUACGAUAUAAUAUCUUCGCCCAUUUAUCAAAAACAAAUUUAUGGCGUUAGAAGACCCGACGAAAAAAAGAAGAAAAAACCGAACGAAUAAAUAAAUGAUAUACCAAAAUCGAUCGAACGUGAUUGCCCUUAGAGCGAUAAUUCCGCUAAAGAAAAGAAAUGAAAAAGCCAUAUUAUACGAUCGAACAUUUCAGGAUUAUUUAUUUAAUUGCUAUACGAUUAUAUGAAUAUAAGGAUAUAAGAAAAAGGACUAUACAUAAUAAGUAGUUGGUAGGUAGUUAAAACGCCUCUGACAUUCAUCCGUCGUUCUCCGUGAACUUCGAACUUUGCAAAAGACGAUUCGACGAUUAUUUACGACGUGUUCGCAUCGUAAAAUCGUCCUUCAAAAAAAUUUCGAUCGAUCGAUAAGUCUCGCUGUUUCUUGGAGAACAACGGAUCCACUGUAACAUAUUGAAACGUUCUCGCGGAAUAACCGAAAAAGCAUCGUUUCCGUCAAUUUUCAUUUUCUAAAUCUGUACCACUUUGUUUCCUUUCAAAAAAAAAAAAAAAAGAAAAAAGAAAUUGACAACGCAUCGCUCGCGGAUAUCUAAUAUGAAAUUAUUCGGUGCGAUGUGCGGGAAAGAACAUAAAUUUAACAAGAAGAAAUUUAGCAAGAACGAGUAUCGUCGUCGAAUUAAUAUCGCUUUAUCGCGUACUCUUUCCGUAAUAUUCAGAUGGACGUAAUAAAAAGAAACGGUGCUUUUUUCCUUCUCCUCGGAGAAUAGUAUUAUAUGCGAGAAGACACGAAGCGUAACGACAUGCUGUCCGUGGAAAGAUUUUAAGGCUGUGUGGUCAAUAAAAAAUAAAUUAAAACGC